UCAACGUGCAGCAGAAGCUUACUUUGAAUAUUUUAAAAACAAAAAAUCUCUAAACUUGGAUAGACCUGAAGCCUAUGACGAUUUUUAUUUGAAGUCUGAUAUGAUAAAUUAUUAUAAUAUUUUUGCUCAGAGCAAACCAACAUCCGAUUGGGUUAAUUCUUUCGAUAAUGGAAUUGUUUUUGUGGAAAUGGGCACAAAAGAUUCGAUAAAAUCAUCAAAAUCAAUCAGAGCAGGAGAAUUUUUACAAUGCUUUUUCCGUGCUUGUGAAUAUUUUCUAAAAAUAUUAUUAGAAUAUGAACAAAAGUGUGGGAAAAGAUCUUUUGGAGUGGCUAUUUUUGAUAUGCAAAAUAUGUCAAUACUUCAAUAUGUUAAUCCAAUGGCACCGAUUAAUCGAAUAUUUGAGGUAAUAUUUUACAUAGAUUUUGCCUCUGAACUAAACCUACUAUAA